CUCUCGACGUCCCGGCGUCCCGGCGCUCCCGCUCCCGAUCCCGGCCGCCAGUAGUCCUGCGUCCGCAUGCCGCACUCGUCGCCGCCAUCACGCGUCUCUCCCCUCGUGGCACACUUUCGAGCGCGAAGUUUUCGUAAAUGCGUGUGAGCUGUGCGCCUGCGCGGCGAGUAGUUGCCUCAGAGCUAUACUGACGUGACUUCGCUACGACAACGGCAAGACUGCGUCACGACUGCAACGCGACUGCGGCGCAGUUGUAGUGCGACAUGUACGAUGGCGGACGACAGCACCAUUAUCGAGGGCACCGUCAAGUUCCGCGACGGCAAGAAGUGGAAGUCGCGGUGGUGCGUGAUGCGGAAACUGUCACCAGUAGCGGACUGCGUGCAGCUGCAGCUGUACGGGGAUGCGCGCGCGCGCUGGGCCGGCGCCGCCAGCAAGGCCGCGCUCUCCCUGGACGGCUACCUGGGCUGCGAGACCGGCUUCACUCUCGACAAACACUCACACACGCUGGCGCUCGUGUGCCGCGACCACACCGCCGUGCUCGCCUUCGAGACGCGGGAGCGCCUCAUGCAAUGGCAGGUGAAAUUGCAGGCGCACGUGGCCGGCGCGCGGCAGUGGCUCGUGGUGGUGGCGCGCGGCGGCCGACUGGCGGCGGGCCCAGCGCGUCUGCUGCUGCGGGCUCCGCACGCCGCGCUCGUGGCUGGCGUGCCACCGCGUUUGCUCGCCGUUUGGGAACUCUCGCAUCUCAGGCGGUACGGCGCGGCACAAGGUCGCUUCUGCUUGGAGGGUGGGGCGCUGUGCGGUCGUGGCGUCGGCCUUCACGUGCUGGUGACGGACCAAGCGGCGGAGAUAGCGCGCGAGUUUGACUGUGCCUCUCGUGGAAACGUCUCUCCCUCGAGAUGGUUUGCUGUCUUUAAGAAAAAUGAAGGCGCGGAGAGUUCGGGAACGCAGUCGGCGCAUGGGUCGGAUGCGCGCGUAUCGGCGCUGAGCACGGCGCAGCGCGCGCGGCCUCCUGCGGAUUUGCGCUUGUACGAGGACCCUUGUGCGGAGGAGGCCGGUGCCGUGUCGCCGUAUUGGUCCUCUGCGGAGCGCACUCACUUUCAGGACAUGGGGCUCGGGGACACGGCGUCGGUGUGCGAGGCGGAGGGCACGAGGUGCGGUGGGGACGCGGGGGGCGCGUGGGGCGGCGCGCAGCUGCAGCGCUGCCGGAGCUGCAUGUGCAAGCUGGGCGCGCUGUCGCGUUCUUCCACGGCCGCGCUCACGCCGGGCGCUAAACACUUCAGCCCCGCGUGGACUAUGGACGCGCUGAAUGAAAAUAUUCAAAAUUUUAACGUACAAAAUGAUACUGGUACCGGUUAUAGUAUAGAGAAUUGUGAAGCGUUGCCUGUUGUAAGUAUGUCUGAAGAAGUUUGCCGUUGUUCCGAUACUCCGCCCAGGAGACCGGCCAAGCCAACCGAGCUGGAGCUCGCUGUGAGCAGUGCACACGCACCGCACCCCGCCCCGCGCUGUGCCCGCUCGCGCAGUCACUCACAACUCAGCGCAUUUACAGAGUAUGGAUCGACUAAAAUUGGGCCAUACGAAAAUUACGAUGUUCCGAAAGUCCCAUCAGCAGAGAUCGAUGGAGAGUACUACGAUACACCUAAAAGACUCAAAGAAUGUUUGAAUCGGGAAUUGUUUAAAAUUACCAGAAGCUCCACUACUGACACUCUCGUAUUUAAGAAACCUUGCGGAUGUUUACUCAAACUCGGGAAAAAGUCUAAAGAACCUACGAUAGUAGACUGCGAAGAAAACUUUGAGGCCGAAAAUUGUCCCUGCAGGAGGGUGACGGACUGGGCUCACGCUUGGAUUAGGUUACCGUACUGCAGGAGGGACAGAGAUGCAACUGAAAAACCUGCGCCAAAUAAAGAAAAUUCAGCGCCAAGUGACGGCCCUAACGCACUGUACGCUAAAGUUGACUUAUCACGAAAGACGAGAAGAAAAUGUCAGCUCCAAGGAUGUCCACCAACUGAAGGGCAUCAGUCGUGCGAUGUAGAAAUAGACGAAGGGCCGUUAGCUAAUUACGAAAACUUAAGCUUCGCUUUAUCUCUAGAACAUUACGAAAACGCGAAAGAUUUGCUUAGAAAAGUAGGAAUAACUGAAAGCGAACUAGACGCGAUCGGAGCUAAUUUGAAACCCUUUUCUUUAGCUAAAAUCAGCAAAAAUAGCUUAUGUUCAAAGUGCGGACACCGUCGGAGCGACACGGGUUCCUGCGGCGGGGUGCAGAGCGGGGGCACCGACGAGUACCUCAUGAUGGAGCCCAGCAGCUUGGACAGCGACAGGUUGAGAGAUCGCACGUUGGCCGCCGGAUACACUCCGAUGUCGCCCAUCGGCGGUUUCGCGUUUCAUACUUUAAAAUAUCCAGCGAAGAGUUCGAUCAGUAGGCUGCUCGAGGAAAAAUCGGCCAGCAAUCCAGCCCUGUGCCCGGAUCGGACAUCCAAAGUCGGCGCCGAGGAGGCCACCGGUGGUCGCACGACCGGUGACGAGGAGGACGGUAGACGACGCGCGCGCGGUCGCCGCUCCAGCUCCGUCGACUCUUCGCGGUUUCUCGAGGACGUCGAGGAGUUCGAGGGGAGCGUCGGAAGCGGGGGAUCAGCUACAUCGAUGGAAACGUUACGAGAUCUGUCGGGUUCGCGUGCGCGCGCGCCAUGCGCGUGCACGGGGCGCGGGGCGGGAGCGCGGGGCGGCGCACGGGGUGGCGCGGCGGCGGCGGGCGCGCGGGACUCGUGCAGCUCCAACGACUCGGGCGUCUCGAGUUGGUCGCUGCGCUCCGCCGCGCCGCCACCCGCCGCCCCGCCGCCCGCCCGCGCCGCGCCGCUUGCGCCGGGGGAAUCGCGAGAUUACACCGGUGUCGUUUGUGGCGCAGGCGUGACGGACUCGCACAGCACGUCGAGCGGCACGUCGGACAUGUCGGACUACGCGGAGACGCUGUCGCUGUGCUCCUCGCAGUCCUCCGGGGACGCACCGGCUCCACCCGGGCCCUGGUGAGCUGCUACUCUAUUCAUUUUUGAGUCC